GAAAAAUAAAGGAUAGAUAAAUAGAUAGAUACUCUCCUACGGUAUCUGUAAGGAAAAGCCCUGAGCUUCCCCUCAAUUGUUGUUAUUAUCGCCGUUAUUAUUGUUAACUCUGAUCAAUUCCUCAUCUCUGCUCUCACCCCUUUAUUUAAACCGCUCUUGCUCCGGAAGCUUGCUUAUCCCAGAUCAUUUCAGAUCAUUACAACCCCAAACCACAUUGCAAGAUGGCGUCUUCUAUUAUCGAAGCUUCACAAAAGCACCCUAGACCCGGAGAUAGAACAUUUGCCUAUGGAACUGCCGGGGUGAGCCCUUAUAGGAAUUUGCUUGAUUCUGUUGUUUUCCGUGUUGGCCUUCUCGCUGCCCUCCGUUCGCAAAAGCUGAAUGGAAAGACCAUUGGCGUCAUGAUCACAGCCUCUCACAAUGUUCCCGAAGACAAUGGAGUAAAACUUGUCGAUCCUAUGGGUGAAAUGCUCGAAGCCUCAUGGGAAGCCCACGCCACAAGUCUAGCAAAUGCUCAGAAUGACCAUGAGCUCAUAGCUCGUUAUGAGCAUCUGAUCUCUUCCCUAAAGAUCAAUGCAUCCACCCCAGCUCACGUUAUUCUCGCCAAAGAUACUCGCGAAUCUGGACCUGCUCUUGUUACUGCCUUGACCGAUGCCCUCACUUCUGUUGGUGCCAAAUACGAUGAUUAUGGGAUCCUAACAACACCCCAAUUACAUUAUCUUGUCCGUUGUCUGAAUACCCAACACCCCCCGCAUAGUGAACCCUACGGAGUGCCAACAGAAGAGGGAUACUACAAGAAGAUUGGAGGUGCCUAUGCAAAGUUGCUGCAAGGCAAACCCAGACCUGGGCCAAUUACCGUUGACUGUGCAAAUGGGGUUGGUGCGCCAAAACUCAGGGCGCUUGCCGAGUACAUUGGGAAGGAUACCGGUAUCCUCGAUGUCAAGAUUGUCAAUGAUCUUGUUGACCAGCCCUCAAAGCUCAAUUACCAAUGUGGUGCUGACUUCGUAAAAACCCAACAACGACCUCCACCUGCCUCUCAGGCCUCUCCGCUGGCUCGGUGUGCAUCCCUUGACGGUGAUGCUGACAGGCUAGUAUACUACUUCUCCGAUUCAGACGGCACCUUCCGUCUGCUCGACGGAGACAAAAUUGCUACUCUGGUGGCUUCGUUUAUCACCGACCUUGUAAAAUCAGCAGGUAUUUCGGACCUCAAGGUUGGGGUUGUUCAGACUGCGUACGCCAACGGCUCCUCAACGGCAUACAUCACCAAGACUCUCGGUUUGCCGGUCAUUUGCACACCUACUGGUGUCAAGCAUCUUCAUCAUGCAGCCACUAAGUUUGACUGCGGUGUUUAUUUCGAGGCUAACGGACAUGGGACUGUGGUCUUCUCCCACGCAGCCCACACAACCAUUGCUUCACAUUCACCAGAAUCCCCUGCCCAAGCCAGUGCCUUGGAGAACCUCUGUGCCCUCAUAAAUUUGAUUAAUGAGGCUGUGGGAGAUGCCUUGUCUGACCUUCUCCUCGUAGAGGUUAUUCUGGUGCACAAGGGCUGGGGUCCAAAGGAAUGGGACUCCACGUAUACCGACCUACCAAAUCGCUUAGUCCGUGUUGAGGUGAAGGAUAGAACUGCCUUCAAGACAACCGACGCCGAGCGAAAGCUUGUGGAACCCGUGGGUGUGCAAGAGAAGGUUGAUUCUCUUGUUGGGAAGUACAAGCAGGGAAGGGCCUUCGCUAGAGCCUCGGGGACCGAGGAUGCCGUAAGGGUAUAUUCUGAAGCGGCGGAAAGGGGGGAGGCAGAGGAACUUGCCAGGCUGGUCGCUGACGUUGUGGUACAGUUCUAA